AUGAACGCAACCGUGCCUAUGUCGCCCGAAGCACAGCUAGCGAUCCUUGCCGCUGAGCUGCAUACUGAGUUUGUUGCUAAAUGCCUCGCGGCAGCAGCACUAGCCCUCGCGCUUUACGAAUAUAUCCUCACUCUUUCAAACGAAGUCGCUCUUUUCUGGACUGCUAAGGCCUCCUCUGCCUCUGCCUCUGCCCUUCUUUUCUUUUCUGUGCGCGUCAUUCUACUAGCCAUCGCAGCCACAAAUAUUGCGGGCAACUAUGUACCGGAUGCGGUAGCGACCUUGACAGGUUGCAAAUCGUAUAACAUCUGGGACGCAACACUGACUAUGCUCGGGUACGGCAUGAUUGCAGUGAUCUCUGCGAUUCGCGUCUUUGCCGUGACCAGUCGCAACUGGCCCCUGUCAUUAGUGACACUAGCGUUGGGCCUGGCACCAGUCGUUAUCAAUAUUUACCUAUUAACAACGGCUUACUACCUAGUCGAGCCAGUACCCACCACGACAAUUUGCGCCGUACUAUCUACGCUUUCUAUGAACUCGGCGAACCACGCCAAGAAAGGGAUCUUGACUGGGUCCCUCUCAUGGUACCUACUGCGAGAUGGCACACUGUAUUUCUCUGUAAUCUUGGUACUCAACCUCAUUGAUAUCCUGCUCUGGUGGUUUGACCGCAUCCAAUUCUUUACAACCUUGAUCUUCCCACUAUCCCUCAUUCUGCUAUCGCGGCUGCUCAUGAACCUUCGCCAAGCGGCAUACACCGACGUGGCCAUCGGGUCAAUCAGUAGCCCUACUCGCAGCUCCGGGUCCGACCUACCGACUCAAAUGUCAGAUGUCCUGUUCGUCCCGCCCACAAUGCCCAUGCUCGACACGGAGACGGAUAAUUCGCCAACGUUGGAGACCUUCGAAGACGACGAGGAACUCGAGAUAGCGGACGUCGCAAUCGUCGAUGGGGAUGACAAUCCUGUCACCGUUCAGCGGCUGGAGGCUAACGUGCUCAAAUAA